AUGCGCGCCCUUUACGCCUUUGUCGUUCUGGCACUCAGCCUCAGCAGUGUCUCAGCAGCACCUCACGCUCAGAAGCGUGGCAACCAUCCUCAUCCACACCCGCACCCGCACCCGCACCCGCACCCUCACCCACACCCGCAUCCCCAUCCUCACCCGAAGCCAGGGCCUGGGCCAACUUCUACGGUGCCGGACCCCACUCCAGUGGCCCCAAUCUCGACCGUUUACAGCACUACCUACGGCAGCGAGUCGAGCACGUACACGCUGGGUGACCCAGCUCAUCCUACCGUCGUCGAGCAGAUCAAAGUCUCGACCAUCUCUGUGACCAAGGAGGGUACCGGCAGCACUGCAAGGACAUAUACGCAGGGUGGGCCCGCGACUGUGACUGUCGUCGUCGAAAAUCCGGCCAAAGGCCCGGAGAAGACGCCCGUCUCUCCCUCGACUGUCACCGUCACCGGGCAGGGCCCUGUGCCUACAACUCUCACCGAAGGCACUCCCGAAAAGCCCACAGUCGUGGUGAUCGAGCCUUACAAGACGGUCACCAAAACGAGAGGAGGGCCGACAGCUACCACGCUGACUGAAGGACCGUCGGAGUCUCCCACCGUUGUGGUGCAGACCAAAUGGCCGACGGUCACCAAGAAUGGGCCUGCAAAGACGACCACCACCGAGGGAGCUCCUGGAAAGGAGACCGUCGUAGUCGUGGAGCCUUACAAGACGCUGACCAAGACACAAGGCGGCCCGACCGCCACUACUCUUACCCAAGGCCCAGAAUCCGAUCGCACCGUCGUUGUCCAGACGCCCUGGCCGACGAUCACGAAGAAUGGACCUGCAAAGACGACGACGACCGAAGGACCUCCCGGGAAGGAAACUGUGGUAGUAGUUGAGCCGUUCAAGACUUUGACUAAGACGCAGGGCGGCCCUACCCCCACGACUCUGACCCAAGGCCCAGAGUCUGAUAGGACGAUUGUGGUGCAGACGCCAUGGCCCACGAUCACGAAACCCGGCCCGACUGCAGGACGAAUCACAACCGCACCUCCUGAUAGGCCCGACGAUAAGACGGUCAUCGUUCAGGAGCCCUUCAAAACGAUCACAAAGGGAGGGCCUUCUGCUACGACACAGACAACUGGAGACACCGUCACAGUGGUGACGCCAUGGCCGACGGUGACCAAACCGGCGCCUACGGCAGGAAGGAUCACUACCGCGCCUCCUGAGAACCCCGACGACAAGACGGUCAUCGUUCAAGAGCCGUACCCAACUACCACGAGGGGUGGGCCAGCUCGUACUACGUUGACCGAAGGGCCUCCGGAGAAGCCUACGGUCGUCGUGGUCGAGCCAUGGCCGACGGUGACACGUCCAGCCCCUACUGCCGGAAGAAUCACAACCGCACCUCCUGAAUCACCUGACAAGUCGACCGUGGUCAUCCAAACCCCUUACCCGACCAUCACGAAGACGUACAACGGCGAUACUCCUCGCACGAGCACGACUCAAGGUCCUAGUGGACCCACUGUUGUAGUCGAGAAUCCACACUGCAAAGACGUGCAAGGCUGGCAAUGGGCGUACUAUGACAAGCCGUACAGCGACAAAACGCAUCCUCAGUACGAUCCGUCGGACAGCUUCGCAAAGUUGAAGCCCGACGCUACUGGCACGACCGAGCGCGUAUCGUUCGCCCAGCCAGAUUCUGGCCCGGGCAAAGGCAUCAUUUACGGCUCAACCCCGUUGAAGACGAACGGAUACGCCGUGCAACUGCGAGGCUACAUCAAACCUUCUGCGACUGGCAAGUACACUUUCAAUGUCGAGGACGUGGACGAUGAGGUGCGUGUGUGGGUAAAUGAGGGCGCCUACAAGGGCUACAACGACGGGAAUCGCGACAUCGAAGUUCACAGAGACGGCAACACAAACGGCAAGGGCAGCUUCACCGCGGAUCUCGAGAAGGACAAGUACUAUGCGAUUCGCUUCAUGGUCAUGAACAGGGGUGGCCCCGCCUCCCUCACUUUCCGUCCGUUCGGUCCCGAUGGGAAGCCGGUGGAAAUAGAAUACUUCAGACAGAACGCUUGCGCUCCGGAGGACAAAGGACCCGCUUACCAGGAGUGGGGUGCAGAAGCCUGA